CACAUAAUUAUGUACAUUCAGUACGUUAUAUUAUCCUGGUUAUAUAAACAUAUACAUUAGCUGAUCUAUACAUUUUUUUUUGUAGGCGGAUAGUUUUGAUAUGGAUGAAUUCUUAAUCGGAAAUGAUAUUUUUAAUAAUUCAGCCACCAUUGAUGUAUCGUCAACAGCUCCUGCAAAUCGUAAUGCUGGGAAGGAUAUACGACAGUUGGUAAACAAUUAUAUUGAAGAGCAAAGCAGUCCUACAGAUGAUACGGUUAUUCUGACUCACAAAAAACAUGUGAACAACGAUGAACUGCGCAUAAUUGGAGGUUAUCUACGAAAAGUCAACAGGCUAUGCGAAAAGAAAUUCACCGAAAUUUCAAGAAAAUUAAACAAGGAACGUAAAAGACUUCAAACGCUGAAACAAAAAGAACGUACUCAGUUACAAAAAAUUAAGAGACUGGAGGAAUGUGAGAAAUUUGCAUCCAAAAUGAUUAAGCGUCUGAAAAUAUCUUCAGAUUACUGA